AUGAGGUGGAAUGUGUAUGCCAUAUAUGAGCUCCAAGAUGAGUGUGAUUCUCGGGGUUCCUUAAUUUUAAAGAAAUACAUAGAAUAUCGAAAAUUGGCUAAGUUGACAUCCGAAAUUAACACUUACAAGAGAAACUUACUUUCUGUUAGAGACCAAGGAUCUGACCCAAGAGAGAUCAAAUUGUAUUUGGAAGAGAUUUUGCAACUGACACGGUUGGGUGAGGACUACACUGAUUAUAUGGUGUCCAAGAUAAGAGGUUUGAGGUCAGUUGAUCCAGAAUUACUUCCCCAAGCAACCAGAGUUUUUAGGAGUGAAAAUUUCAGUCAAGUUGUUCAGGACAUUACGGGUUAUUAUGUGAUUUUGGAGGGGUUCUUCUUGGUGGAAAAUGUGAGGAAGGCUAUUAGCAUUGAUGAGCAUGUACUUGAUAGCCUCACAAUGUCCAUGGUGGAUGAUGUGUUCUAUGUUCUACAGAGUUGCUGUAGGAAAUCGAUAUCCACUUUUAAUAUUAACUCAGUGAUUGCGAUACUGAGCAGUGUU